AUGACUGAGCACCAACCAAAUCCACCAACGGAAUCAGCUGCCAUUUGCGAACUCAUGGAACUAUGCAUGCAGACGUACUUCAAAUUCCAGGGUGAAAUCUACGAACAGCUGAAAGGAACACCAAUGGAAUCGCCAAUUUCUGGAUUCAUAGCCGAAGCCGUAAUGCAGAAGCUGGAGAAGAAGGUACUACCAAGAAUCAUACCAAAACUUUGGCUUCGAUACGUUAAUGACACAUUCGUCAUCUUGAAGAAGUCGGAAUGA